AUGCUGAUGAACAUUGCAGACCAUGCUAAAAAAUCAAAUCUUACAAAGAUAAUUGAGGAUCUUGGUGGCUCUGUUACAUCUGAUGGAAGAAGCUUGGGUGAUAUCACAUGCUUGGCUAAAAGAAAGCUUCAGAGAAGGCAGAUUUAUAAAAUGGAUUACAUUGUGAAAGAUGUUGAAUAUGAGUUGAAGUAUCGAACAUACUUAAGGAAUACAAUAGUUAAAGCAAGAGCAAAUCCCGGAGGCUUGCUUAAAGGAUUUGAAGUAUGCCUUGCAACUCAUGUGCAACCUCCUGUGAGUACUAUGUCAGCUAUUGUGAGGUCUGCAGGUGGAAAUGUGAUUAGGAGUGUUGAAAAAGCAAAGGAUUCAAGGAAAACGAUGUCAGCUGUGAAGAAAGGGAUUGCUACUUUUAGUAACGAGUGGUUUAUGAAUUGUGUCAUGAAAUAG